ACUUCACUUCUACCACCAGUUCGCCCAUAAAUAAACAACUUCUUCCUCAACUCUCACACAAACUCUACCGACAACGACAAAGACAAUCGAACUUCGCUCUUUGUCUAAUUCAGUGCUACAAGUCAAGCUCUUUCCCCAACAAAAGAACACCGACAGUCCUCGCACCACCUCACCCACACCGUCAAGAUGCCUGGAACAGCUGUCCAUUUCGGCGGCGGCAACAUCGGUCGUGGCUUCAUCGCCGAGCUCCUCCAUGAAUCCGGGUUCGAAGUUGUCUUUGUCGAUGUCGUCGACGACCUGAUCAACAAGAUCAGCGCGACGAAAUCUUACAAGAUCACGGAAGUCGGUCCAGAGGGAGAGAGCAGCAAAACUAUCACCAACUACCGUGCUCUGAACUCCAAGCACAGCAUGCCUGAGGUGGUCGAUACCAUCGCUAAUGCCGAUGUGGUUACCUGCGCUGUCGGACCCAACGUUCUCAAGUUCGUCGCAAAGCCUAUUGCAGAUGGCAUUGCAGCCAGAACCAAAUCGAAGCCGCUUGCCGUCAUUGCCUGCGAAAACAUGAUCAAUGCAACCGACGCCCUCAGAGAGCACAUCAUCGACCCGAAGAACAUGAAGCCUGAGGUGCUUAAGGAGCUGCCAAAGAAGGCAGAGUUUGGCAAUUCCGCUAUUGACAGAAUUGUCCCAACCCAACCUGCCGACGCUGGUCUCGACGUCGUGAUCGAGAGCUUCUACGAGUGGUGUGUCGAAACCACCGGUUUCAAGUCAGGCCAUCCUCAGAUCAAGGGUAUUCACUGGGUCGAUGACCUCGAGCCCUACAUUGAGCGCAAGCUCUACACUGUCAACACCAGCCACGCUACCGCCGCCUACUUCGGGUACAACAAGGGUAUCUCAACCAUCCACGAAGCCAUGGCCGAUCCCGAGAUCAAGCAGGAGGUGCAUGAGGCUUUGGAGGAGACUGCCCACUUGAUCAGUGGCAAACACGGCAUCACCAAGGAAGAGCAACAAGCAUAUGUCGACACCAUCAUCUCUCGUAUUUCCAACCCUCAUCUUGAGGAUGUCCCUGUUCGUGUCGGUCGUGCACCCCUUCGAAAGCUCGGUAGAAACGAGCGUUUCAUCGGUCCUGCAGCUCAACUCGCCGAGCAGGGCUACGAUGUCACUGCUCUUGUGCGUGGCGUUGAGAUGGCUCUUCGCUUCCAGAAUGUUGAAGGUGACGAGGAGAGCAAAGAGUUGGCCAAGAUCAUGAGCAGCACGUCGCCAGAGGAAGCCACCACCAAGCUCACUGGACUUGAGAAGGAUCACCCACUGUAUCCUAAGAUCUUAGAUGCAGUCAAGCUUGUCCAGGGCGAAAAGAAAUAGGACAGACACAAUUGCUACCGGCGGAUAUGACUGACGAGCUUUUCGGGAGUUAUCACGGUUCAUGAAGGAGUUGAGGCUGGGAAAAACAUCGAGCGAUCUUGCUCCUUUGCUACGCAGCAUCAGCGCUUGAUGGAAGCAGAUUCGGUACAUAGAGUACCAUUGAUAUGAGAUCAGAGCGAUACUCAAUCCAACAUGUCUGCAAACAAAUUCUCUCCUCCCAAACGUUUCCUCUCCAGCUGCACUUUCGCCGUCAGUAUCGCCGCUUCCAUCCGUAGACGACCCUCGACUUAGAUGACCGUCGACCUAGCGAACAACGGGUAGUUGCCGUGUGGCCCGUGUCCCCUGAAGAACUCCG